AUGGAUGUGAAAAGUGCUUUCCUAAAUGGGUUGAUACAAGAGGAAGUGUAUGUGGAACAGCCACCUGGCUUUGUGGACUUUAAGAAUCCUAAUCAUGUGUACAAGCUCAAAAAGGCGCUCUAUGGCUUGAAGCAAGCUCCUAGAUCUUGGUAUGACAGGUUAAGCAAAUUUCUAAUUGAGAAUGACUAUGAAAGAGGGAAGGUGGAUAAUACAUUGUUUGUCAAGAAAUUUAAAAAUGACACAAUGUAUAUACAAAUAUAUGUUGAUGAUAUUGUGUUUGGAUCCACAAACACCUCUCUUUGUAAAGAAUUUGCUAAAACUAUGCAAGAAGAAUUUGAAAUGUCAAUGAUGGGAGAGCUUACAUUGUUUUUGGGAUUGCAAAUAAAACAAAUGCAUGAUGGAAUUUUCAUAAGUCAAAGCAAGUAUUGCAAUGAACUUCUAAAAAAGUUUGGUAUGGAAGGGUGUAAGGAGGCUGCCACACCUAUAUCAAAUAAUUGCAAUCUUGACUUAGAUGAGAAAGGAAUAGUUGUUGAUAAUUCUAAGUACAGAGGUAUAAUUGGAUCACUCUUGUACUUGACAGCGAGUAGGCUUGAUAUAAUGUUUGAUGUGUGCCUAUGUGCAAGAUUCCAAGCUAAUCCUAAAGAAUCUCACAUGAAGAGUGUGAAGAGAAUUCUCAAAUACUUAAAAGGUACAACUAAUGUUGGAUUGUGGUAUCCAAAGGGAGUCUCACUAAGUCUGAUAGGUUACUCAGAUUUAGACUAUGUUGGGUGUAGACUAGAUAGAAAGAGCACAAAUGGUACUUGUCACCUAUUAGGUAGUGCACUUGUCUCAUGGCAUAGCAAAAAGCAAGCUUGUGUUGCUUUAAGUACAGCUGAGGCUGAGUAUAUAGCUGUUGGAAGUUGUUGUGCUCAAAUUCUUUGGAUGAAACAACAAUUAAGAGAUUAUGGAGUUGAAUUGAACAAAAUUCCUUUGAGGUGUGACAAUACUAGUGCAAUAAAUUUGACCAAGAACCCAAUUUUGCACUCUAGGACUAAACAUAUUGAG